UUCGCCGCGUUCCCUCCACACGCGCCAGCGCCACCAGUCCACCAUCACCACCUCCCCCGCCGGUUUCUACAAUGGAGGCCGUUCUACGACAUCCAUCGCUCUCCCGCCUCAAGCCACCGAACCCUCACAGGACGCCAUCGCCAUCCCUCGCUUCCCCUUCCCUCCUUCGCCUCCGCGCUCGCCGGCUCGCCGCCGCCGCAGUGUUCCAGGACCAGAAGCCCAAGGAGCCAGCAAACAAGGGAGGCGAUGAGGAGGAGGAGGCGGCUUACGGCGAGGUGGACCGCAUCGUCUCCAGCCGCACGGUAAAGAACCCGGUGUUCGCGGAGGACGGCUCCGCCACCACGUCCGUCGCCACGGAGUACCUCGUGGAGUGGCAGGACGGGCACGAGCCGUCCUGGAUCCCCGCGGAGGCCAUAGCCGCGGACGUCGUGGCGGAGUACGAGACGCCGUGGUGGACGGCGGCCAAGAAGGCGGACGCCGAGGCGCUGGCCGCGCUGCUCGCGGACGAGACGCUGCAGCGGGACCCGGACGCCGAGGACGCGCAGGGGCGCACCGCGAUGCACUUCGCCGCGGGGCUGGGAUCCGAGGACUGCCUGCGCGCGCUCGCCGCGGCCGGGGCGGACCUGGGCCACCAGGAGCGCGCCGGCGGCGGCCUCACGCCGCUGCACAUCGCGGUGGGGUACGGCCGCGCCGUGGCCGUGCGCACGCUGCUGGAGCUGGGCGCCGACCCGGAGGCUCCCGACGGGCAGGGGCGGACGCCGCUGGAGCUGGUCCAACAGGUGCUCGAGAAGACGCCCAAGGGCAACCCGGCGGCGUUCCAGCUCCGGCAGGGGCUGGAGGCGGCGCAGAAGGAGCUGGAGAAGGCCGUCUACGAGUGGGCCGAGGUGGAGAAGGUGAUCGACGGGCGCGGCGAAGGCAAGUGGCGCGAGUACCUGGUGGAAUGGCGCGACGGCGGCGAGCGGGAGUGGGUGAAGGCGCCGUGGGUGGCGGAGGACCUGGUGAGCGACUUCGAGGCCGGGCUGGAGUACGCCGUGGCGGAGGCCGUGGUUGACAGGAGGCAGGCCGCGGCGGAGGACGGGGAGGAGAAAUGGGAGUACCUUGUCAAGUGGGUGGACAUCGAGGAGGCUACGUGGGAGCCCGCCGAGAACGUGGACGCCGAGCUCGUGCAGGAGUUUGAGCAGAGGCAAUCAGGAUCCGCUGGUGGCGAUGGCAGCGGCACUGCACCAUGAUGAUCAUGAUGAAGGUGGCCAUGUAUGCUUCCUCCUGGCAUUCUUCUCCUGAUGCUUGGACUGACUGAGUUGAGCCCUCUCCUGAUUCAUGUAUCAAUAGCGAUUUGGAUUUUGUAGUAGGAUGCAACAUUUUGUGAGUGUCAUAUUUCGACCGAAAUUUGCAGUUUCAGCAGAUUUCAUCCUUGCCCACUCCGGAAAUGAUUACUUUUUUUAA